AUGCGUCGUGUAUCUGUUAGUUCAGCAACAUCCAAUGAUGAAGAUUUUAUUGAUGACGAUGAUUCAAAUGAUCGAUCAAUUGAAACUAUCGAAAAACAUUCAAUAACUCAUAAUAAAAAUAAAAAAACUUUAGGCCGUGUUAAAAUCAAAAUGGCUUAUAUCGAUAAUAAAAUACGACGAUAUACAACGUUUUCUAAACGUAAAACAGGCAUUAUGAAAAAAGCUUAUGAAUUAGCUACAUUAACAGGUACUGAAGUUAUGCUACUUGUUGCUUCCGAAACUGGUCAUGUUUAUACAUAUGCAACAGCGAAAUUGCAACCCAUGAUAACAAGUGAAACAGGUAAAGCACUUAUUCAAACAUGUUUAGCAAAAGAUGAACCCAUUAUCGAACAAGUAAUCGAUACUCCAACAACAACAACACUGAAUAAUAAUGAUGUUAUAUUUAUUGAUGAAAAUCAACGAAAAAAGCGAUUAAAUACUACAACUGACAAUCAAGGUAACAAUACAUCGAAUGGAACUCGCCCUAUAAAACGUGCUAAAUUGAAACCGUCCGAUGAGCUCACAUCAUUGAAUAAAGCUAAAUCGACUGAGAGUUCUAAUUCACACAUUUUCUCUACUCCUACUCAAACGACAAAUUUAACUGUUCCACUACCUUGUUUUAUUCAAUCCGAACAACAUCAUCAUCAACAUCAGACUAAUAUUCCUCCUUCUUAUACUAUUGAUUUGAAUGCGUUAAAAAACAAUGGUAUGAAUAUAAUUUUUGCACCAUCAGCAUCGAACUCAUCUGAUCCUUCGCACCCGUCCAAUAAUAGUCCUAUUGUUUUAACAUUGAGCAACUUUUCAUAUCAACCCAGUUAA